CCACAGCGACUUAAUCUGGACCUGGAUGCUCGCCGGAGGAACCUGUUCGCAAAAACAAAACCCCAAACACUCUCCCGAACAACUGCGGCGUUCAUGUCAGCGGAUAAAGAUGCUGCGGGCUUCGGUUAGCGCGUUUCACCUGGGCGACCGGAGAGUUUGGUGGAUGUGACAUUGCUGGAGGUUUUUGUUCUGGUCCCGGACGCAGACCAGCGUUGAUCGUGAGCGCAGAGAUGAUGUUGAGUCGCCUGAUGAGUGGCAGCGUCAGAAACCUGGAGCGGGAAUACAUGUGCACGGUCAGACUGCUGGACGAUACGGAGUAUACCUGCACCAUUCAGAGGGAUGCCAAAGGCCAGUAUUUGUUCGACCUCAUCUGCCACCAUCUAAACCUGCUGGAGAAGGACUAUUUUGGCAUUAGAUAUGUCGAUCCGGAUAAGCAACGGCACUGGCUGGAGUUCACCAAGUCAAUUUCUAAGCAGAUGAAAUCACAACCUCCUUUCACCAUGUGUCUGCGUGUAAAGUUCUACCCACCAGAUCCUGCUGCUCUAAAGGAGGAGAUCACCAGAUAUCUCGUCUUCCUGCAGAUUAAGAGAGAUCUGUAUCAUGGUCGUCUCCUUUGCAAAACAUCUGAUGCGGCCAUGUUGGCAGCUUACAUCUUACAAGCUGAGAUUGGAGAUUAUGACCCAGGAAAGCAUCCAGAGGGCUACAGCUCCAAGUUCCAGUUUUUCCCUAAGCACUCAGAGAAGCUGGAAAGAAGGAUUGCGGAGAUUCACAAGACGGAGUUAAUAGGUCAAACCCCAGAGACUUCUGAGCUGAAGUUCUUGCAGAAAGCACAAAUGCUUGAAACAUACGGUGUGGAUCCUCAUCCGUGCAAGGAUGUGUCUGGGAACCCUGCUUUCCUCGCCUUCACUCCAUUCGGUUUUGUCGUGCUUCAGGGGAACAAGAGAGUCCAUUUCCUCAAGUGGAACGAAGUGACCAAACUGAAAUUUGAGGGAAAGACCUUCCAUAUAUAUGCAAAUCAGAAAGAGGACAAAAAGAUCAUCUUGACAUACUUUGCACCAACUCCAGAGGCCUGCAAACACCUUUGGAAAUGCGGUGUUGAAAAUCAAGCCUUCUACAAGUUGGAGAAGUCGAGCCAGGUUCGCACAGUGUCCAGCAGUAACCUUUUCUUCAAAGGCAGUCGUUUCCGCUACAGUGGAAGAGUAGCCAAAGAGGUAAUGGAGCAGAGUGCAAAAAUUAAAAGGGAACCUCCAGAAAUACACAGGGCUGGCCUGGUGCCCAGCAGGAGCUGUCCAUCCAUCACUCACGGGCCGCGGCUGAGCAGUGUCCCUCGCACCCGCCGGAGAGCCGUACACAUCUCAUCAUGGGAAGGACUGGAAUCCUUGCGGGACAGUGCCCACUCCACUCCAGUGCGCUCCGUGUCCCAUGGCGACUCCUUUAUGCCACGUUCGCGGAGCCAGAUGACGGACUCCGGUGACAGGACAGCGAUAAUCUCUGAUGAGAGCUACAGUCCCUCCGACAGCGUUCUGCCCACACCAGUAGCAGAGCACAGCCUGGAGCUGGCAGUCGCACGCCAGAUCAACGGCGCCCCCUGCAGCAUAGAGGAGGAGAAGGAGUCGGAGGCGGGUACGCCCAGCGUGGGCGAUGUGGCUGAAUUUGGAGCAGACAGUAGGGCGGCGGGCCCCAUGCAGAUCGCUGGCAGGGAGGCCCCGCUCAGUGAAGCGGAACAGGUGAAUAAGUUUGUUUUAAGUGUACUCCGUCUGCUCCUUGUGACCAUUGGACUCCUCUUUGUCUUGCUCCUCCUCCUCAUCGUCCUCACCGAGUCCGAUCUUGACAUUGCAUUUUUACGUGAUAUCCGCCAGACCCCCGAGUUUGAGCAGUUCCAUUACGAAUACUUUUGUCCCCUCAGACGGUGGUUUGCCUGCAAGCUCCGCUGGGUGGGCGGACUGCUCAUUAACAAGUGAAAUUGAGCCACUAAAGCGCGUAAAGUCUCCCUUGUUGGGGUCGAGAAGAUGCUAAACACAUGGAGAGAAAGAGAGAGACAGAAGGAGGGCAUCGACCUGUCCCAUGAGCCCAGCUUCUUUCAUGACACUCCUGCUGACACGUGGUGGUGGACUACCAGGCCCACAGCUCCUUUUCUCUUUCACUUUAAGUUCUUUCUCCCCCGUCAUUUUUACUCCUUUUACUUUUUCUCGUCUUUUUUUUUUUUGUGUCAUUUUUAUUGUUUUUGAGUUCCACUUUUGGAUUUCAGGUCAUUUCAGGUAUUUUAUUUUUACAAAAAAAAAAAAAAAACAAAAAAAAAAAUUCAAAGACUUGAGAAGAUUAUGUCGUUCCUUAAAUAGGAAAUAUGAAAUAUUUUGUUGCAACGAGAGCGUUGCCUUCAUUUAUAUUUAUUUUACAAUAAUACUUGUUAAAGUCUUAUUAAAACGCGGAGGGAAGCGUUAAGUUGAUACAGUAUAGUGGGUUUGGAAAGUAUGAGAAUGUGAGAAACCAAUGCUUUUCUGAGUUUAUGCAUUAUUCAUAUCAUCAGUCAUUUAAUUCUUAAUGAUUUUCUGAAAGCUGCUAUAAUUUACCACAUCGACGAUCAGAUCAGCAGAGGGUUAUAUGUAAGGUAAGAAUGUGCAAGUUAUUUUGAAAGUAAGACUCGAGGAAAGACUGGAAAUUAUUUUAAUAAAAUUAAUGGGUACCUUUGAGAUCCGUAUUUGGUGGAGUUUUAGGGUGUCAGAUGCGUUUUUAGGACUAUACUAGUGUUUAGGCGAUAGCAAGCUGUGAAGUAGAAAUCAUUAAAAAAAAGUUCUAAUGGAUUCAGAAAAUGAAUUGGUAUAAAUUGUGUUCUGUCAUGUGACCCAAUAGUGUCAGUAUAUGUUAAAGAGGCUUUUAUGACUGAUUUAAAAGCAUCUAGCACCCAUAGAUCAAGUCUAGCUACAGUAGAUGUGCAAUACUGCAAGGGAUUGAUUUUAAGGAAUAAGUGCAUAUUUGUUUUCUUGAGUAUGUGCGUUUGCUUCAUUAUUAUUAUUUUUGAAUUUUCCAUCCUGAGUCUUUCUGAAUAGAAAGAAAUCCCAUUGUAUAAAGUAUUUUUUUUAUUCCAUAUCAGCCUUGCUCUUAAGUUUGUAAUUUGUGGAUAUCAUGCUAUGAUUAUUCUUAAUUACAAUAACAAUGCUGUACUUUUUGUACAAAAAAAGUAGUUAGUUUCCUAAUAUAUCGACAGUUUUUCCAUGUAUAUUUUAACAGAAACUGAAAUGUUAUUUUGUUAUUGAAAAUUAAAUUAUACCUUUUUUAGCUCUGUGUUUCAGAUGAGGUCUAGAAUAUGUGGCAUUUCUGUCAAGGGAGAAAAAAGAAAGAUUUUUUUUAACCAAAUCCACAAUCCAUUUCCAAUGCAGUCACUUAACCAGCAAUGAGAAGACAGUCCCUGUGCUUUGUAUAUUGGUAAAGGCCCUGCAUUUCAACAAUAAUUAACCUGUUAAUACGCAGUUAGCUGAAAGGCUGUGUGUUUAUUUGUGUGUGUGUGCUCAUUUUAAAACUGAUGUUUUUGGCAAUAUGUACUAAAAGGUCAAGUCUUCAGUACACUUGUCCUGACUAGUCUAAGACGUCUUUAGUGUUUAUUUAAAGACACCAUUCUUCCAGUGGCAUGCCAGUUGGACAGGCAUUUUUACCAUACGCCACCUCUUAUGCCUGUCCCUUUGAAACUGCUAUGAUAUAAUUGUUUUUGUAUUUUGGAAAGCAGAAAAUAGAGGAUGUGAAUUAAAGCAUUCACAAAGACUGGA